AUGGAUUCAUAUGGAUGUGACAGUAGACAACGUCCAUCGAUUACUUUGGAUGCUGGCUACGUUUCAAUUUCAUCACUUAGUAUAUAUCAAUCAUCAAAAACACUUGGUUUACAUGGAAAAAAAUUAAUAUGUGUUAUUUUUACAAUUAUUUGUCUUUUUUUAAUUAGUUUUAUUAAUUUGAUUUGUACUGAAUUGGAUAUCCAGUGUCUUGUAUGGCUUAUGUAUAAACUUGAUUGGUCAUUGUUUGAUGGUGGUGGAUCAAAACUAUUUCGAUUUGAUAAAUAUAAUAAAGAAGUUGAAUUCUAUAAACAUGUAUCAUUAAAAGAAUCAAUUUAUACAACUAAUAUAACUAAUAUAACUGAAAUAAAUUUAUCACCAGGAAAACAAAUUGAUAUAUAUGGUGAUCAAAAUUCGAUUUUAUUUGAUGAUGAUCAAAUAUUAUUAAAUACUGAUAAAUUUUAUUUGAAAAAUUAUUCUUUAGUUGAUUUUACAAAUCUACAAUCGUUUAAAUUCGAUAAUGAAAUGAAAACUCGUGUUCAUCUUAAUCGAUUAAAUUCUCAACAUAUACAUAAUAAACAUUUAAGUCUAACUGCAACAAAUCAAUUAGCAAUAUUAAAUAUUACUCAUGCUUUUUUCUAUAGUCAAAAUUUAGUAUUAGAAGCCAAUAGACAUAAUCGUCGAUCAAUACUUCGUUUUAGUAAUUAUCCAAGAAAAAAUCGAUUUUUUCAUUCUUAUCAAAAAACUUCACAUGAAAAUUUACAUUUCAAAAGUGAUUCUGUAUUUUUGGAUUUACCUCGAUUACCAUUACUAGGCAAUACUCAUCGCAGUGAAUCUGGCAUUUAUCGUAUAUGUAUUUGUAAUACAACAUUUUUAUUUUUACGCAGUUUUGCUCAUCAACCAUGUCCUCUUUGUUAG